AUGUCAGCAAAAGCAAUUAGUGAAUAUACGGGCAAGGAAUUACUAUAUCGAUAUUUGGAAGAACUCGAAUUUAUUGAGAAGCCACAAACAUUAAGACUUGUUUCAAGCGAUUCAUUCGACACUGUAACUGAUAAAAUUGAAUGGCUCACUCAUGAUAAGAAAGCGGUAAUUAAGCCAGAUCAAUUGAUCAAGCGUCGAGGUAAACUGGGUUUAGUGAAAUGUGGAAAUCUAUCUGUCCUGCGUGAGUGGUUCAACGAAAUGAAAGAUAAGAGCAUACAGAUUGGUAAAACAGUUGGAACUUUGCAAAAUUUCAUUUUGGAACCGUUCUGUAAUCAUUCAGAUAGCGAUGAAAUGUAUAUUGCUAUAAUAAGCAGACGCGAAGAUGAUGUCAUUCUCUUCUAUGAACAUGGUGGGGUCGAUGUUGGAAACAUUGAUGACAAGGCUCGUAAAUUGCAUAUCCCAAUAGAUCUCGACAAGCAGAGCGGUUCUAUCUCCGAUGAUGAUCUUGAAUCAUUGAUCGGUCCAAAUGAAAGUCAAAAAUUAUUGUUACUGAAAACCUUUGUAAAAGCUCUCUAUCAUGUGUAUAAGGAGAAUUACUUCACUUAUUUAGAGAUAAACCCAUUUGUUUUGGUCAACAACAAAAUCUACAUACUUGAUCUUGCCGCAAAGCUUGAUGAAACAGCGCUAUUUCUUUGUUCGGAAAAUUGGAAGACCAGAAAUGGAGAGCCGAUUGAUUUUCCUGCUCCUUUCGGGAGAGAUAAAAUGGCAGAGGAAAAAUAUGUUGCUGGUCUCGAUUCGAAAACUGGUGCUUCAUUGAAAUUAACUAUUUUAAAUCGUCGAGGUCGUAUCUGGACUAUGGUAGCUGGUGGUGGUGCUUCUGUUGUUUACACUGAUACAAUUUGUGAUCUGGGAAGGAUGUCUGAGUUGGCAAAUUACGGUGAAUAUUCGGGUGAUCCAUCUGAAGUAAUGACUUAUGAAUAUGCAAAAACCAUACUCAGUGUACUUACGGAAGGCCCACCACAUCCAAAAGGCAAAAUUCUAAUUAUCGGUGGCUCAAUUGCUAAUUUCACCAAUGUUGCAAAAACAUUUAAAGGUAUUAUAAAAGCCCUUGAGGAAUAUGGAAAACGUCUACAUGAGCAUAAGGUCAUUAUACAUGUACGGCGAGGGGGACCAAAUUAUCAAGAAGGGCUAAGAAAAAUGAAAGAAACUGGUUCGCGCUUAAACUUACCAAUUCAUGUAUAUGGACCGGAAACCCAUAUGACAAGUAUCGUAGCAGCAGCAUUGGGAUUGUGUCGUACUCCGGAUAGUCCGUUAGCUGUACAAACUACUGGUCAAUUUCUUCUUCCACUAGAAGCAGAUACUGUGAAAGCUAUAGAAUCAGAACCAUCCGUAAAUAUGAGAUCACCGGCAAAAAAGGCUAUAAAACUAGCGGAAAGUAGAGAAGAACCGAUGGAAACCAACGAUAGCGGAAUUAAAGUGGAAGGCAGCUUAUUUGAAAGUGAUACAAAAGCAAUUGUAUGGGGACAACAAGUAAAGGCUAUACAGGGUAUGCUUGAUUUCGAUUUCGUCUGUGGCCGCUCACAACCAUCGGUGGUUGCAUCAACAUAUCCUUUUACGGGUGAUCAUAAGCAGAAAUAUUAUUUUGGACAAAAAGAAAUUCUAGUGCCAGUUUAUAAGUCAAUGAAGGAUGCCUUCAAUAAGCAUCAUGAUGUUUCUGUGUUUAUCACAUUUGCUUCUUUGCGAUCUGUCUAUGUAACAGUUCGCGAAGCUUUGGAUUUCGCACAGAUUCGCGUCAUUGCAAUAAUUGCUGAAGGCAUGCCCGAAAAUCAAACUCGUCAUUUGAUUAAGUUAGCAAAUGAAAAAGGCGUUACACUGAUUGGACCAGCUACAGUGGGUGGAAUUAAACCUGGUUGUUUUAAAAUCGGUAAUACUGGUGGCAUGAUGGACAAUAUACUAUCAUUGAAACUUUAUAGACCGGGAAGUGUUGCAUAUGUGUCACGUUCUGGAGGAAUGUCAAAUGAGCUUAAUAAUAUAAUUUCACAAAAUGCCGAUGGAGUUUAUGAAGGAAUUGCUAUUGGGGGUGACAAAUACCCAGGAAGCACGUUUGUUGACCAUCUUCUACGAUAUGAGAUGGAUGACAGAGUAAAAAUGAUGGUUAUGCUUGGUGAAUUGGGUGGUGUUGAGGAAUACAAGGUUGUUGAAGCAUUAAAAGAGAAACGCCUGACAAAACCUCUUGUUGCUUGGUGCAUUGGAACUUGUGCAGACUACGUCACAUUUGAGAUUCAAUUUGGUCAUGCUGGUGCAUCUGCCAAUGCAAAAGCUGAAACUGCUACUGCUAAAAAUUUAGCACUAAAAGAAGCUGGGGCUCACGUGCCUAAUUCCUUUGACGAUUUAGGUGACGAGAUUGCCAAGAUUUACAAAGAACUUUUGCAAAAAGAAGUAAUUGUAUUGAAAGAAGAACAACUACCUCCUACUGUGCCCAUGGAUUACACAUGGGCAAGAGAACUGGGUUUAAUACGGAAAUCGGCAUCAUUUAUGACGUCGAUAUGUGAUGAACGUGGUGAUGAGCUCCUUUACGCAGGUAUGCCAAUAUCACGUGUGCUUGAACAAGAUAUUGGCAUUGGAGGUGUACUUAGCCUACUCUGGUUUCAGAAACGACUACCAGAUUAUGCAAAUAAGUUUAUUGAAAUGUGUUUGAUGAUAACUGCUGACCAUGGACCUGCUGUAAGCGGUGCUCAUAACACGAUUGUAUGUACUCGAGCAGGGAAAGAUUUAGUGUCAUCUUUGGUUUCUGGAUUGCUAACAAUUGGUGAUCGGUUUGGAGGUGCCUUAGAUGGUGCAGCACGACAGUUCAGUGAAGCAUUUGAUAAGGGACUAAGUCCUAUGCAAUUUGUGAAUAAACAACGACUUGCUGGUGAACAUAUAAUGGGAAUUGGUCAUCGUGUCAAGUCGAUUAAUAACCCAGACAAACGUAUCGAAAUAUUGAAAGAUUUUGUUCUGGACCCGGAAAAAUUUAAGCAAGAAACUCCGUUAUUAGAAUAUGCGUUAAAGGUGGAGAAGAUUACUACGUCGAAGAAAGCAAAUUUAAUACUGAAUGUUGAUGGAGCAAUCGGUGUUAUUUUCGUGGAUAUACUUCGCUGUUCCGGAAUGUUUACACCCGAAGAAGCACAAGAAAUCAUCGAAAUUGGGGCUAUAAAUGGACUUUUUGUUCUGGGACGAAGUAUUGGAUUUAUUGGGCAUUACUUGGAUCAAAGAAGGCUAAAACAAGGACUUUAUCGACAUCCAUGGGAUGACAUCACAUAUAUUUUGCCCGAAAGGGAAUUCAGUGGUGAUUUGAACGCAUGA